AUGGCACCUGCUGAAAAGUACAGUAAUCUGGUGAAUCUAUUUGUUUCCAAUAAUUAUUUUUCUUCAGAGUAGCAGAGGAGGAUGUUGUUCUUCCAUAUUUCCAUGGAGCACUCAUGGAUCAAGAUUCGGAUCAAUUAUUAGUGGUAAGUGACUAUUGAACAUUGGCUUAUUCUAAUUCAAACAUAUGUUUUUCAGAAUGAAGGAGAUUAUAUGAUUGUGACAAAAAUGUUAUCAGAAAUGAAUAAAAAUGUAUAUUAUUUGGCAGUUCGAACCAAAAAAGGAAUACGAAGAUAUGAAAUAAAAAGAACAGCAAAUAAUGCAAAAUUAAUGACGAAAACUGCGCCAAAUAUUGGAAAAUUAAUAGAUUCAUUGAAAGUUGAACCAAUUGAAGUAAAAGGUGAAAAAAUAUUGUUGAAAAGAGCGAUUCCAAAAGGAAAAUUCCAAUUAAUGCAUAGAGAUGUUAAUUUCAAAAAGAAAAUUGGUUCUGGUGCAUAUGGUACUGUAUAUCGAGGAAGAUUAGUUAAAUCGAAUACUAUAAUUGCUGUAAAAAAGUUAGAUACAGAAGGAACUGAUGAAGAAGGUUUGGCUGAAAUGAUGAAAGAAGCACGCGUUAUGCAAUUAUAUGAUCAUCCAAAUAUUGUCAAGUUUUAUGGUUUUAUUUUGGACGAUAUACCAUAUCUUUUAGUUUUGGAAUAUUGUAAUGGUGGAAGUGUUGAAGAUCGAUUGAGAGAUCGACCAAAUAAAACAACUGUACAAAAUAGAAUUGAUAUGGUUGUUCAAGCAUCUUGUGGAUUAGAAUAUUUACAUAAAAAGAAGUUGGUUUAUAUUUGUUUUCUUAAAGAUUUAAAACAAUUUUUCUAGCUGUAUUCAUCGUGAUAUUGCAACUCGUAAUUGUUUAAUACAUCUUGGAACUGUAAAAAUGGCUGAUUUUGGAAUGUGUCGCGCAACAUCUGUAUAUAAAGUUGAUUUAUCAAAACCUUUAAAUGUUCGAUGGUUAGCACCCGAAGUUUGGGAAAUUGGGGAAACUCGUUUUAACACGGAUAUUUAUGCAUUUGGUGUGAUGAUUUGGGAAAUGUUUGAAAAUCCAUAUAAAUCACCAUAUUCGGAAUGGAAAGCUUAUACUGUGAAGGUGAUUCUCUCUUGAUCAGAAAACGUUCUAUUUUCGAAAUAAAAAUAUUUCAGCAAAAAGUUCGCGCUGGUUAUCGUAUGCCUCCACAUCCAACAAUGCCUGCUGAAUUAGCUGAAAUAAUGGAAGAAGCUUGGAAUCAUAAACCGGAAAAAAGACCGAAUGCUGAAAAAUUGAGAGAAAAAUUGGAGGAUAUGAGAGGCGCAUUAGAUGCUGGAACACCGCAGAAAUAUGAUAAAACAGAUAAAUCGACAAUCAAAGAUGAGUAA